AGGUUGUAAGCCUAUCCGAGAGCGCAGUGGGCGGGCUCAAUCCGUUGCCAAGCGGUGAGAUACCGGAAGUGGAUGCGGUCGCUAGUGCAGGGCAACGCAGGCGGCGUCCCUGGAAGCGGGGUUGUUGUUGCAUGGGACAGCGCCUGAGGCAGAGGCAGUCUGGUGUCGAGCUGAAAUAUGUUGGCUGUUCCAGCUGGCAAAAUGGGUGAUCAGCUGAUCCUAGAGGAAGAUCAUGAUGAAAAUUACAUACCUCAAGAGAACGAGAUUCUGGAGUAUGCGCGGAUGAUUGGGAUUGAUCCAGAUGCUGAACCUGAGCUCAUGUGGUUAGCUCGUGAAGGGAUUGUGGCUCUUCUGCCUCCAAACUGGAAGCCGUGCCAGGAUGUUACAGGUGAUAUAUAUUACUUCAACUUUUCCAAUGGCCAGUCCACGUGGGACCAUCCCAUAGACGAGCAUUACAGAGAAAUGGUCAUAGAAGAACGUUCAAAGCUGCAAGCUCAGGGUAAGGGAAAGAAGCGAGAGAAAAAAAAGAAAAAGGAAAAGAAGAAAGACAAAAAGGUGAAAGAACUCCCCAAACCUGUUAUGUCUCUGGGAUCACCUCUUGGACCAGUUCAGGGACCUCUUGGAAGCCUGGCUCCACUUCGUGCAUUGGGUGACUCUGCUGGAGGUGGUGGAGGAAUAUGGGGAUCUCUGAGCAGCAGUGCGGGGAGCUCUGGAGGAUUUGACACAUUGUUAAGUGGAACGCCUGGACUCUCUACUCCGCAGCCUCAAAAAAUAGCAACAUACAUCAAGAGCACCACAGCAAAGCAACCAGAGGAGAGAGUGAGCCUCACCCUGCCAGGUCUGGAAGAGGAAGAUGAGGAAGGUGACCAGGAGAGCGAAGAUGAGAGCCCACGGGGAUCUGCUCGUCUACUCAAGAACCUACAUAUGGACAUUGGAUCUCUGGGUGGUGGCUUUGAAUAUGAGGAAUCUGAGCCCAGUGAAGGUGUGAAGGAGCUCGCUAAAUCUGACCACAGUGGGCUGGCAAGCAUGGAUUUUGGUCUUGGUGGUCGAUCAUUUGAGAAAGUUCUUGACAUCACUGCUCUAUCUCCAGGACGACUCAGUCCAAAUGAAGCAAUAGAGAAGGAGAUUGAUGAAGAUAUUGAAGAGGAAGUGAGUGAAGAAGAUGAUGUAGAUCUGGUGAAAGGUCCAUUGGAGACUACAGAGAGUCAAAUUCAUCCAGACACAAAAACUGUAAACUCUACUGUGGAACCUACAGCUGCUAAAGAACUGUUUAAAUCAACAGAAUUAUACAAACAGAACAGCCAGUUAUUGUAUAAUUCAGGUAAGGUGUCCAGCCUAGAAACUGAACAGCCACAGAAACUCACAGAUAUAUCUUUUAAACCUUCAAAUGACACGUCUGAAAUGAUGGUGGAGCGGGAUAUGAGUGCACUAAAGGAGGACCAAAAACAUAAACUGCAGGAAUUGACAGAAGACCUAUGGAAGAAAGAGGAGGAGAUACCUAACCCACAACAAUACCAGGAUAGUAACCUCAGGGCCCUGAAGGAAAAGCUGGAACGUGAGACAAAAGAGGAAGAGGAAAGGAUGAGGGAGGUUCAGAAGCAGAGAUUGCUGAGAUUGGAAACUGAGCUCAUCUUGGAAAGGGAAGAAGAGGAGGAAAGGAUGAAGGAGGCCCAGAAGCAGAGAUUGCUGAGACUGGAAACAGAGCUCAACUUGGAGAGGGAAGAAGAGGAGGAAAGGAUGAAGAUUCAGGAAGAGGAGAUCCAGAAGGAGCGCAAGCGGGCCUUAGAGCAUUUACAGCUGUCUGAAGAGGCGAAACUGCUGCAAGAUAAAAAUGAUCUGCGUGAGAAAAUGAAGAAAGCGACAGAAAGUAUAUUGGAAGAAGAGAGAACGUUGCUGUCAUGUGAGAGAGAAAGCGCUCUGGAAGCACUGAGAAACAGACACAAGCAAGAAACUAGUGACGCACUUGUGUCCCUGGAGAAGCAGCAUUUGGAGGAACUGGAGAGACUACGAGUGGGAGCCAUAGAGAAACACCAGAAGGAAGUGUCUGACCUGCAGAACACUCAGCCAUUAUUGCAGCAAACGUAUCAUGACGCUCAGAUACCCAGCAAUUUGCACCUUACCAAUAAGAAAAUGGCUCAAGUAUUGGACUUUGAAAGAGAGAUGAGCGAUCUUCUGCAAGAGAAACGACAAGAAGUGCAGAGAGAGCAUGAAAGGAAACUGGAACGUAUGAACGAGGAACACCAGCAGGUGCUAGAGAAGGAAAGGAGGCUGCUAGAGGAGGAGGAGCAGACCCAGAGAUCACAGUUGCUGGAAAAAUUGCAAGAGGAGCGAGAAAGGAUCAUGCAACUAUAUGAGCAGGAACUGGAAGGCCAGCGUCAGGAGCAUUACAGGAGACAGGAGGAGAGGCAGCACAGCUACCAGGAGGAGGAAAACAAACUGCUGGAUUUGGAGCAAAACCAGGAGAUUAGAAGAAAACAACUGAUGAUGAAGACUAGUCAGCUAGACAGACAGGAAGAGACUCUGAGAAAGAGAAUAGAGGACCUGGAUUGGCAAGAAAAGGAAAUAGUAAAAAAAGCUGAGAGUGUGAAGGCACAAGAAACUACAGUGGAAGAGCAAAGACGUCUCAUUGAAUUGAUCAAACAAACACAAAAAGACCUGAAGGAGAUGCAGGACCAGAAAUCUCAGCUGGAGGCACAGUUGGAGCAGCUCCAGAGUAGUUACGCCAGACUCCAGAAAACAGCAAGUGAUUUGGAGGAAAAAAUAAAUAAGAAACGCGAGGAUCUAAAGGAGUUAAAGAAAUCGGGAGAAAUUAAUAAUGUGGAAUCAGAGCUUCGCUUAGAGGACCUGACGAAGACGAGCAGUCCUAGGCACCCUGUCCGAGUACCUUAUCGCACAGAGCUGCCUAUAGCACCUCUGUCUCCUUCACUUAUACCUGAGAUGGACUCCAGCAUUGAGGACUUGCGAUAUUACAUCUCUUCACAAGGGGCUUCUAUACAGAAGGCCAAGGACUUUUUGAAGCUUCAGACGCGUUCCAUGUGCCGGCGGCAAACUUUGCUCAAAUCUGCCAAGCAACAGUGGCAUCACAACAAGGACCAGGAUCCACAGCAGUCCCACCAAGUAGAGGGCAUGAUGAAGAACCUAGAGGAGGAAGCUCGCACUCUGAAAGACAUUCACAACACCAUGGAGAAGGGGCAGAGUCUGCUGCAGGAGAAGGAGCAGCGCCUACAGGAGCUGGAGGAUUCCCUCCUUGAGGAGGUCUCGGAAGAUACUCUGAAAGACAUAAGAAAUAAGAAAGUAGUGACGUUUGAUGUCAGUGACUCGGAUGACACCAGUAGUGUGACCAGCCUGGACAUGCAUAGAUCAGAUGAUGUGUUGGGCUCACAGAAAUGCCUACCACGGAAAGUACAGCAUCUGACUGAGUCACUGCGUCACAUUACAGAUGAGCUCAAUAAUGUUUUAUCAUCAUUGGGUCCACUAACUACUGACUCUAACAGCAUCCUCCAUUCACACAACCAGCCUUCAUCAAUCAGGGGCAUCCCUCUUUCUACCUAUACAUCAAUGUCUAGAAUCAACCCUCAGAUUGGCCUCCAUUCACCCUCUCAGUGGGCCUGGAGUCCUGGUCUACACCCAAAUCUUCAUUCAGCACCUUCCUCUGCCGCUCAGUCAGUGGAUUCCAUGAUGAUGGAGAAAUGGCGCAAGUAUUUUCCAGCAGGCAUACCUUUACUCAGUGACCAGCCUCCAAUUACAGAGAAUAAAUUAGGAUACGUCUCUGCUGGGGAACAGCUGAAAAUGAUGCAGAGGUCGUCACUGCGUGCUCAACACACAGACAAGUACAGCAUGCAGGCCAUGAUUGAUGCCAACAAGAAAUGGCUGGAGAAGUACAGGAAUGAUCCUAAAGUUCCACUACCAUCACGUGUAAGCAGAUCUCCAACAGGUAAAGGACUUGUGCAGCUGGGUCUGGAUGAAAAUGACCAAAUCAAAGUAUAUCAUUAUUAGUAGACCUAGUGUGGAAACACAGAUGAAGAGCAAUGUAUUGGUUUUCUGCAUUACAAACAACACAGGGAUUUUGAACUUUACUUUCCCAAUUACCAGUGCUAAAGUAGCACAGAGGAAAUCAUUUCAUAAAUAUAUAUUGUUCUGUAUUUGUGACUGAACAGUUUAUCAGGAUAUUGGUAAUGCAGAUCCCAAACAAUUAUACCAGGAACUUUUCUUGUGUAGAUAAUGGUGUACAUUUAUGGACGAGAAAGCAAAGUUAUAGAAUAAUGUUUGACCUUAACUUGGACAGGUAAAGUCUCCAGUGAUGAUAACAUCCCCAAUUGUACCUGACACCAGAUAUAUGCAAUUCAGUUUUUUCUAAGCUUUAAGUAUUUAUUCUGCAAAGGGCUGUGGGAACUGCAGCUCCAGUGGGGCUGUAUCAAUGGGUGCAAGAUGUGCUGUGCAUCGGAGUCACUGGGAUCCAUGCUACCCACACAGGGAUCCAUGUGGAUCCAUGCUACUGCACACAUGAACAAGGACUUCAGGUCAGUUGCUGGCACCAAAUUUCUGCCAAUUUCUUGUGAAAAUAUGGCACCUGUGCCUUACUAGUGAAGAAAUGACUGUAAAUAUGAGACGUGCAGAAGAUCGGGAAGACUCUGGCACUGUGACAAUCUUUGCUAUCUUCAGCACAGCUGCAGGAGAAAGGACCAACACAAACUAUUUCAACGUGUGCUCCAUAAUAUCUUAAAAUGACCCUGCGUGGGUAUACCUAUUUUUUCUUACAUCCACUGGGGGACAUUGGAACAAUUGGGCAUAGAGGUGCUGGUAGAGCUGGGGCACCUUAAGAAAAAAGUGCAAGCUCUUUCCUCUCAUUAUCCCCCAUCUGAAAGGCCGUCAGGAAUAGGGCACCUUUUGGUAAGGCUGCCAAGGGCAUUCUUGUGUGUUCUUCAAUUAUUUACAUUUACAGAUAGUUUUUUAUUAUUUUAUUAUUAUUUUAUUAUUAUUAUUAUUAUUAUUAUUAUAUGUAUUGUAUACUGUUUAUUUGUCUAUUUUCUAUCUGUGAUAGAAUAAUUAUAUUUGUAAUAUUGUUAUUUCUCCUUCAUCCACUAGGGGCCACUGGAGUGCAGAUACA